GUGACCCCGGGCUCUUCCUUGCAGAACGGCAAACACGACGAGGCCUGGAUGGUGCUGAAGCAGGUCCACGACACCAACAUGAGGGCCAAGGGCCACCCCGAGAGGGUCUUCUCGGUGACCCACAUCAAGACCAUCAAGAGGGAGGACGAACUCAUCGAGAUCCAGUCGGACACAGGAACGUGGUACCGGCGCUGGCUCGUCCGAUUCCUCAACCUCUCCCAGCAGGUCUGGAGCAACUUCCAGCAGUGCUUCGCCCCCGAGUACCGCCGGGUGACGCUGAUGAUGAUGGCCGUGUGGUUCACCAUGUCCUUCAG